UCUCUUACUCUUAUCUCUUUAGGAAAGACACUUAUUAUUAACGCCCUGGCUUAUAAAUGCAUACAUCUUUAUAUUCUUUAAUGUUUUGAAUUUCAUUUAUAUGCUUUAUAUGUCCAUUGCCGACAGAGUUCCAAUAGGUUCGAUACUAUUGUGGGUAAUAACAGCAGCUCUAAGUUUGGCCAUUCAAUGCACUAUCUGGAAUGCUAUAUAUUCGUUGUACAAACAAAUUCGUGCCAAUAGGGAUCUACAGCAACGUCUCUUGCCCACCACUACUAGUACUUCGUACACCAAUUACACCAAAAUGCCACCAACUUCAAAUUAAAUUUGUAUUUGGUUAAUGAUUUAAUAACAAUCAAAUAAAAUUCGCUUGUCAUUAUUGUUUUUUUUUAGCGA